UCUCGGACUAACCAACGGAGAAUCCCCAGUCUUCCGUCCCUCCAAUCCCCGAACUAUUUACACCUGAUCUCAGGGUCUAGUAAAGGAUUGAACCGGAGCUGAGGAUCAGGUUCAAUGAGAACCUGGAGAUGUAUAUAGGUUAAAGAGAGGGAAGGAAAGGAGGGUGCGAAGGGAUGUCAGGGAUGUCGGGGGUCCGGGCCGGGGCCGAGGCGGCGUUCCAGAGCGCCCACCUGGACGAACAAACCGCCCACGAAGAUUGCCCAGAGGAUGUAAAAGGGGCGUUCCUAUUCAAGCUAAAGUCCGGAGUAUCGGCAGUGAGCGGAAACGCAAAUCGUGUUUUUCGACGGGAAGGAGCGUACAAUCGGUACGAUUUCAAGGAUGCUAACGAGGGGAUCGAUAAAACGGUGAACGGCGGGGAUUACUGUGAAACGGAUCUGUCUAUGCCGGAGGAGUACCCGGAGCUGGAACGUCCUCCGCUCCGUAAGAUCGACAAAUACUGUCAACCAGAGUGUCCAUGUUGUAAUGUGUCCAAACGUUAUACACAGGCUAUCCUUGUUAUGGUUGGGUUCAUUAUUUCAUUUGGAAUCCGUUGCAACGUUGGUGUGGCGCAGGUCAGGAUGAUGUCCAACACGACCAACGAGAAGGGAGAGGUUACGGAGAUCAGUGAGUUCCACUGGAGCCCUGAGACUAUUGGAUACGUGGACGCGUCCUUCUUCUGGGGAUACAUCAUCACCCAGCUUCCCGGGGGGUUCCUGGCCUCAAGGUUUCCGGCAAACAGACUUUUUGGAACUGCCAUUUUCCUCUCAUCUUGUCUCAACCUUCUCAUUCCGGCUGCAACCAUGUUGGAUCCUAAAGCUCUAAUCUUGGUGCGAGUUCUCCAGGGUCUGGUUGAGGGAGUAACUUAUCCAGCUUGUCAUGGUAUCUGGAGAUGGUGGGCUCCUCCUCUUGAGAGAUCAAGGCUGGCAACCCUGGCCUUCUGUGGAUCCUAUGGAGGAGCUGUGCUCGGGAUGCCAAUCAGUGGGUAUCUGGUUCAGUGGAUAGCCUGGUGGGCUCCCUUCUACUUCUACGGAGCUGCUGGUAUCAUCUGGUAUAUGUUCUGGCUCUGGUUGUCCUUUGAGAAGCCUGCAACCCAUCCUUCAAUCUCUCCUAGAGAACAACUCUAUAUAGAGAAAUCUCUAGGAGACUCGAAGGCGAAACAACCAACUAUCAGGGAUACUCCUUGGGCAAAGGUUUUCACGUGUAUGCCGGUAUGGGCGAUCAUUGUCGCUAACUUCGCUCGAUCCUGGACCUUCUAUCUUCUUCUAAUCACCCAACCCAAGUAUUUUAAAGAAGUAUUUGGGAUGGAGGUUGCUGAAGGAGCAACCCUGGCCGCUCUACCCCAUCUGAUCAUGACGAUCAUAGUUCCCCUGGGGGGUCAACUGGCGGACUACCUGAGGCGAAGUGAGAUCCUGAGCACCACCAACGUUAGAAAGCUCUUCAACUGCGGAGGGUUCGGAGGAGAGGCUCUGUUUCUCAUCGUGGUCGCCUGUACCAGGGAUAAACUGGUUGCAGUUAUUGCUCUGAUUAUAGCUGUAGGCUGCAGCGGGUUCGCUAUCUCCGGGUUCAACGUGAACCAUCUGGAUAUAGCUCCCAGAUACGCUUCAAUCCUCAUGGGUAUCAGCAACGGAGUCGGGACAUUUUCAGGUAUGAUUUGCCCCAUCACAGUUGAGCAAUUGACAAAGAAAGGAGGAACCCUGGAAGAAAUCGAAGCAGAAUGGCAAACAGUUUUCCUCAUUGCUAGCGCCAUUCAUAUCUUUGGCGUCAUUUUCUACGCUAUAUUCGCGAGCGGAGAGGUUCAGGAUUGGGCAAAAGCGAAACCUAUGGAUGAAAACUUUGAGAUGGAUUUGGAGAAGCCUAAUACUGGACACGGAGCCAAUAUCAACGUGGAUACCAGCUUCCAGCAGCAGGGGGAGAUGGAGAGUGAGCUUCACGAACCAACACCUGCUGCUUCAUCUGCUAAUCCUUUCACUCAACCCCAGACUAGUAAUCCAUUCAGACAGUGAAUUGGAUCUGUUUAAACCGGAGCUAAUCAGACCAACCAGGUAUCCGAAGCUAAUCAAACCAACCAGGUAUCCGGAGCUAAUCAAACCAACCAGGUAUCCGGAGCUAAUCAAACCAACCAGGUAUCCGGAGCUAAUCAAACCAAUCAAAGGUAGCCGGAGCUAAUCAAACCAACCAGGUAUACGGAGCUAAUCAAACCAACCAGGUAUCCGGAGCUAAUCAAACCAACCAGGUAUCCGGAGCUAAUCAAACCAACCAGGUAUCCGGAGCUAAUCAAACCAAUCAAAGGUAGCCGGAGCUAAUCAAACCAACCAGGUAUACGGAGCUAAUCAAACCAACCAGGUAUCCGGAGCUUACCAGACCAAAAAUCGGAGCUAACUAACAAAAGAAUCCGGAGCGAAUCAAACCAACCCGGUUCCCGGAGCUAUCAAACCAAUGAGAAACCCGGAGAACCUAGACCUAGUCCCGCGACAGAGGAAUUUGAAAAUACUCCCCGUCGUCUUAAUCCUAUUAGGAUCCCACUCCGGGACCUAAUUGAUCUUAUUACAAGCUCUGAUCUCAAAUUAGAAACUCAAUGGAUCUCUUCUAAAAGAAACCUAUCAAUGGAAUUUAGUUCCCAAACCGUUAUAUGUACUUUUACUCUUUAGAUAUUACGUAUCUAAAGAUACAAAAUCUACAUCUUGUUAAAAACUUAAAGAAAAUCUUAAACAAAAUUUACAAAAUUUAUAACCUGACCCAAAAUAUCGAAAAUUUUGCUUAAAAAUUUAUAGUUCUUUGUACAUCAGAAAAAUAUUCGAUUCUUAUUUGAAAUAACCAUCAAUUGAAACAGGAAUAAUUCUGAAAAUAAUUAUCAAUGAAAACAGGAAUAAUUCUGAAAAUAAUCAUCAAUGGAAACAGGAAUAAUUCUGAAAUAAUCAUCAAUGGAAACAGGAAUAAUUCUGAAAAUAAUCAUCAAUGGAAACAGGAAUAAUUCUGAAAAUAAUCAUCAAUGGAAACAGGAAUAAUUCUGAAAAUAAUAAUCAAUGGAAAUGAUAAAAUGAUUCUGUAAAUAAAACCAAUGCCAAUGGAACAAAUUAAAUAAAAACUAAUACAAAAAAAAUGACAACCUCAAUGGUAAUAUGGUUGAAAGUGAGUCAGGACUUCAAUUGAGCCGAACAUCAAUAUCUUCUUAAAAGAAUAUCUUGAAAUUGGUCAGGUUGUAAAGUUCUAGGUUCAUUGGCUUCUCUUUAUUUACCCGGUAAUAGCAGUGUUAAAAUUAUAUGUAAGAUGGUUGUGAUUGGAAUAAUUUUCUUCAUCUUCAAGUUUUAUCUUUGUUCACAUUUGAAUUUGUAAAUAUGUUAGCAGCGCAUAGAAUUGACAUCAAUGGAUAAAUAUUUCUUCCCGAGUUAACGGAACCCGGACCUAGUUUCCGGAUCCAUUUUUUUAUGGGUUGGCGGGACCACAUUCCUCUGGGUUAAGUUAACACUAGGAGCUGAGUAUAUUUGUUGUGAUGGAUAAACUAUAUAGAUGUCCUCAAGGUUUUCAUAGGCUUAAGGGUUGAACUGAGAAGAAGGAUCUGAACCGAACCUUCUCCGAGGUUUAGAAAGGAGAACUGAUCUCCUUGUAACCAGUAUUUAGCAUUCUGUUCAAUUCCUGUCAUUUAUAUUGAACUGCUUGCCUAGUACUGGUCCAGGGUCUUCUAUACUUUAUUAUUUAAUUGUUUAUAGUUUAAUUAUAUAUCAUAUCAGGUAUCGGAGACCCUGUUUUCUUAAACAUGUCCGAGGCAAUUUAUUAACUUGUUGAGCGAUUGUAAAACCCGUUGUAUUUAAAUGUUAGUUCGAAAACGAACCUUGUCAAGGCUUUCAUAGAUAGUACAUGUACAGAGGAACCCUGGAUUAGUCUUGAGGUUUCCUUUAUUAUGUACUUGCCCCAACAUCAAUGGAAUUAUUAUAAGAAAUCUUGUUUUUUUUCCAAAUCUCGAUGAUUAAAAUAAAUUUUAAAGUUGU